AUGGCGCCGGCUGCCCGGCCCUUCGUCGGCAUAGCGUGGGGAGAGACCACCGAGCGGGGAACCAGCAGCUGUGCGAGGAGCGGCCGCUGCAGCUCCAGCCCCCUCGCUGCGGCUGCGGGGCGUGCGGGGCAGGGGAGAUACCGACAGGGAAGGCAGCGGGCUGAUUCCCCGGAGGCCGCCAUGUUGUACGGAGCUGCGCGGGCGCGUCCAUGCUGUACGGAGCUGCCGUGGGGCGCCACGCUGCUGUCGUCACGGCGGCGCUGCGGCGCGGGCAGAUUUGAACAGCGCCGCGGGCGGGGAGCGGGACGCGGCGGCGGCGGGAGGGCCGCGGCGGGCUCCAGGCCCGAGCAGCAGCUGGGUGCGAGCGGCCGGGCACGGAUCCCGACCAAGGGGAAGGGAGAGAAGGAGCCGCGCCGGGAGAGCCGCGGGAAGCGCCCGGUAACGAGAGCGGAGGGAACCGCGGACAAAAGGCGGGAAGAGACGGUGGGUCCCGCUGUGGCGUCUCCCCCGCGGGCCCGGGGCCUCGAGCGGCGCCGGGGACGGGGCCGAGGGGCGCUGGGGUCGGGGCCGAGCGGCGCCGGGGACGGGGCUGAGGGGCCCGGGGCCUCGAGGGGCGCCGGGGACGCGGCUGAGGGGGAGGUGCACUUUGUCAUUUGGAGGCUGUUCUGGACAGUGCCCUCAGCCUGUCAGGGCGGGGAAGGAGAGAACACGGGGGAUGCACUGUAUUUUAUAGGAAAAGCACUUCUUUCAGCAAUGGACAAGAUUUAUACAGAGCCCAACGUGGAAAGUGAUAAUACUGAGCACAUCAGAGGGAAGCGACUGUCCUCUAUUUUAAAGGCUCCACGAAAUCCUCUUGAAGAUCUAGGAAAUGGGCAAGAAUUGACACAGGAUAUCAACGGAGAAAAACGGAGGAAAACCUCUCGCCGCGUCAGCUUUGCCAACACCAUCAACUGCAGAGUCUUCCAGCGAGACCUUAAGAAUAACACAGCGGAGAGUGAAAGUACAGAGUGUGCAGCAGAUACGAGAAACGAUGACCAGCUUAACCAAGAUGAAGAACCUGAAGCUGUUCUGUGUGAGAUCACUGGGAUGAACACUUUGCUUCACGCCCCUAUCCAGGCAUUGGCGCAGCAGGCUGAGUGGUGUGAUGCAGACAAUGCUGCUCAAAGAACAGCCAGGCACGACACCACCUUCAUCUUUUCCGAGGAGAAUGAAAUGGAAAUGACAGCCAGUCACACUGCAGUGAUUGCACGUAACCUGAGAAACAACGCAGCUGACACCAGUGGGAAGAUCGACGUCACGGCCUUCCUGGCCGGGCUGAACUCCAACGGCUGCGGGGCGGCGGAGACGAGCCAAGACCACACGAACCGUUCCUGCCCGUCUUCGGGACAGAACGAAGAUGCUACUCCUGUAAAAAAAAUAGAUUUCAACGAAUUUUUGAUGAGCUUGAAGUCAAACAGAGAGACACUCAGUCCCGCUGAGGGACCCGAAAAAGAGAACGUGUUCUUUGGCUCGUCGCGAGCCUCGGAAGACGUGGCAGCAUCGUCAGAACUGGCGUACUCACACGAACCUUUGGACGCCUGCAACGUCACAAAAGUCUUUAGAGAGCAAGAGGCUGGAAUGGAAAUGACCAAAUGCCAGGCAUCUGCUGUUCAAGCUGUGUUUGCCGGUGCUGGGGAAGCUCUGCCCGAGCAGUCGCCGCCCGCUGAUGUCACCGAGGCGUUUGUGGAUGACGGGAUGGAUAUGACAACGAGUCACACAGCAAAAAUGUCCUUUCCCAUCUCCAGCGUUGGCAAUCAAAGCCUAAACCUCAAAAAGGAUUUCCCAUCCACAGAGACAGACAAUUCUGCAUUAAAGAGAGCAUCUAAUCAGCACUUAAUGGUUCAGCAGGACCCCCAGCUUGGUACAGACAGAAAAGCGGUGAGUGUUGAAGACAGACGUGACGCCGCUGUGCUCCGAGCUGUUAAACAGGAGGCCAGGACGAUGGCUGCCAUCCCAGGAUCCAUUUCUUCUGAGACUGUCUUCCGGGGCGAUAAGACUGUUGUUUUCUCUAAGUGUGAUGACAUGGAAAUCACCGGUAAUUACACCGAUGUGAUCUAUAACGACAGCGCCAAGAGCAGCUCGCAUCAUCAGAGUUACGAGAAGCCAGUUAGCACAAACGCUUCACUAGCAGAAACCAGGCGUCCAGCCCGUGCUGAUGGGGACACUACAAUGAGUCUGGCAUCUUUAGAUACUCGAGGUGCCGUGUCAUACAGAAAUAGUGCACUUGAAUUGCCUUCAGGCUCUGAUGAACGAAAAGUGACCCAAGAUCGUGGGACCGCUUCAGUGACUGUUGGGUUUGAGUCGUGCACAAAUUCAGUGUCUGCUGGGAUCUCCACCAGCAGACUCCAGCACAGUCUGGCAAACUCUCAACUUGCUUCUCUGCCAGGUGAGAAGACAGUAGUGUUCUCAGGAGAAGACAUGGACUUGACUAAAACCUGUGUCAUCAAGGGCGAUGGGAAGAGCGUUGCAAACGACUCUCACGCUGGGACGUUCGCCCCUGUCGCCUGCAAACCUCAUUUUCUUGGUAACACAUCUCUGUCUCCCAACCUAAAUGAACAGGAAGAAAUGGACAUAACUAGAUGCCACGCUGUUGUCAUUGAUGACCAAAGCAAUGGCACAGCUGUGCACUGUAACAUAACCCCAGGAAAGGAGCCCAACAGGAAUGUCAGCGGGGGUACGUGUUCUUGGGAUAUGGACAAGGAAAACCUGAUCGAUGGGAAUAUUAAAAGAAGCCAGGCUAUAGCAAUGAAUACUAAAGAUCUUGAGGUGAUGGUGGCUGAUAAGAAGCUUGGGAAAACAACCUUUCAGGCCGGGGAUCCAAGUUCCCGUGCCAAGAGCCUGCGACCAUUGCGAGACCUAAAGAGAGAAGGCCCCGAGAAUAUCGUCACCAGCGCCGGUGCGUUCGUGUCUCUGCAAAGCCAGACAGUUGGUACAGCUCAGCCUGUGGGAAAAACCCUUCUAAAGGCUACUGUUCCCUGCACAAAGGGCAAAACGGGCAUGUUUGCAGAUGAUGGAAACAUGGACAUAACCAAAACUCAUCCUGCUGCCUUCGAUGUUGCUCCUGCUCCUACAGGCCGAGAGUAUGAGAAUAAUCAGGAUGCAAACAGCCUAACAGCCAAGCAGCUGCAAAGCCAGACCUUCCUGUUCCCUGGUAGUUCUGGUGUGGGUAUCACAAGUCAGACUGCAGGUGGGGACUUGAACACAGUCAAACAAACUGUUACUACUUUGGCUCCAAGCGGUUCAUUUAUUUCCAGCAAUGAGCCUGCUCCCUCCGGAAUGAAAGGAAAGGAACGACUUGGAAGUGUACUAGGAAUAAGUGCAGGUUGCCAGGACUCUGACAGGCAAGAGGAAACCCAUAUUUUGAGAGCAGUGCCAACUCGAGUGGAUUCCAAGAGAGACAGGACCUCCCAGCCACCAACGGGAACCUCCCAGCUGCCUUCGCUCGGAGAAAAGUCAGUUGUGUUUCCCUCUGGUGAAAACAUGGACCUGACUGGAAGCUGUGCAGGAAUGGUUCCUGGUUACAGCACCAACGCUGGCUCGGCAGCACCCGGGUCCCUUGUUCAAGAUGAAAAUCAAACAGUGUCCUUAACUAAAGGGCUCGUGAGGACAGUGAACAGUCGGGAGCCGCCUGCCUGCGGUGUGUACUCCUUGCCAGCUGCCCAGAACGUGGUAACCAGGAGUGGUUUAAAACCUUUGCCUUCUGCAGAUGAGCAAACAAGAGUAUUUUCAGCAGGUGCUGAUAUGGACAUCACCAGGAGCCACACGGUCUCGGCUGACAAAAUACUGGUGCAGCACGGAAGUUGGGGCGAUGACGCAGCCUCGAUGCGUGGAGACAGAACUUGUGUGUUUACCUACAGUGAUUACAUGGAAAUAAGUCACCUGGAUGCUGUUGCAGUUGAUAAAGCCACGGAAAAGGCUGCGCCUCAAGGGAUGUUUAACAUAGCCAAAAGGACUGGAAGGAAAAGCCUGAAGGGAACCACGGGGGAAAAGACUGUUUUGUUUUCACUGAGUGAUGAGAAUGACGACAUGGAGAUGACACAGAGCCACACGGCUGCAAUAGGCCAUGAAAUUGCCUCACAGGCUGAGGGAGGGCUUCGCUGUCUCUCUUCAGCUCAUCCUGUGAAAGCUGUUACCUUCACAAGGAGCCAGGCUCACCUGGACAUGACCAAGUCUUGCUCUGCCGACAGAAGCACCGUAGAAGUUGUACGUGGCAGUGAACCGAAGGUGGGUGAGGAGGUGGGACAGCAAGCGCUCUCAAGUGGCAGAACAGCCCCGUUUGCUCUGGAUGGUGUGGAAAUCGCCAAACCCCACCAGGUAGCUUUGGGAGGAAAUCCUCUGCAAGGCCAGCAGCACGAGCAGUCUGUUCCCUUCACUGCCACAGUUCAGUUCCCAGGUUACCAGGCUGACAUGGAUAUGACCCAGGUUCACCCUGCUGAUGAAAGCACUGAGCGAGUCCUUGGUGAGGACAGGUUAAGCCUGGCUAAGCAGGUGGCACAGGAGGCUGUUUUGGGGAGCAAAACUGUUGUUUUUGCAGUGGCUGAGGAUAUGGAGAUGACUAAAACUCACACAGCCAUAGCAAGUUGUGCAGCUGGUGUACAGGACAGAGAGGCCGUUCCAGGCGGUUCUGCAGUUCCUGCUGAUAAAACCAUUGUGUUUACCCACAACCAGGAGGACAUGGAAAUAACCGCAUCCCAUACUACUGCUGUUAACAACAAUAUUGAUGGACUUGGGGACCGAGAGGUGUCGCACCAGAGCACUCAACAACCCGGCUUGCCAAGUGCGUCAUUUUCAUGCAGAGGUGAAAGAGACUCCUCACAUACAAAAGACCCGAACGGUGACUAUCACACCAGCCCUGAGGGUAAGCCCAGCGUUCCCUCCUCUGCCUCAUCAGCCUCAGCGUUCCCUGGUGAGAAAGGAGCUAUCAAGGUCCCCAGUGGCACAACACCAGAGGUCGUUCAUUCUGUGUCGCUUCCAGAGGGGACUGUGGACGUGCAGACACCACAGGAUCUUCACCUGCCCACGGGUAAUCCUGGCUCUGUAAGCAACGGGGAGGACCUCGUACCACCAGAAAACCUGACAUCAAAGAGAGUGUCUUUCAAGCUUCCAAGUGACGUUCCCAUGGAUUGCAGUGAAGAAGGUGGCGAUCUGGCAUCCCGUGUUUCACCUCCCAUCCCUCAACCACGUUCUUCGAGGGGCUCUCCAGAUGCACGUGAUACCCAGAGAAACCAGCUACUGCAUGGGGACGCAUCCAGUCGUGAAGAUUUAGCCACAGAUUUAGGCUUGGCUGGAGCAAGCCUUGUUCCGGCUUCUAACGAGGAAACAAAGGAAAACAAGGGGCUGGCACCUCCAAAAGCCUUCCAAAUAAACUCUGACCAAACUAAGCAACCUUUGGUCGGUGACAGUCCAAGAGAUGAAACAGGUGCCAGGCCUGCACCUGGGUUAUCAGGCAUUUCAAGCGUGUGUUCCAAACUGAAAGAUAUUCGGAGGAGAUCUGCAGCCCUCUCUGUUUCUGAAACAGCUUUGCCUCUGUCAUCUGACCAGUUGCCUUUAUCAUCUGUUCAGCCAGAGCGUAGCUCAAGGUUAGGGAAGGCUGUAAAUGAGCCAAGCCAGAUACUUCCUGCCAACCUGCAGGAGAACACGUGUCCUGAAUCUGGAGCUGCUCCUACAGGUGCAGAUUUGGGUAAGGCACUUAAGGAUAAAUAUCAAGGACUAAAUGUCCCUCUGGGUAUCUUCCAGCCUAAACUGCCAAACAGAAGAAAUGCUUCUGUUUCUAGUGUGCAAGACAUAAAUGCAAAAUCAUCAAGCAAAGGAGAAGCUGCAGCUUCAGAAGCUGAUGGCAAUGCUGGUGAAGCCUCAGGUAACAGUAAGUCCAGUCGGCAGAACUUCAGCCCUUGUCAGUUUAUAGCAGAAGAAUUUCUUCCUGUCUGCCUGGAGGAAAUGGAUUCAAAUGGAUCUGUAAGCUCUGAGCUCAUGGACAAUGCUUGCAGUGAGUUCAGCAAAAAGCAAACCUCCUGCAAUGAAAACAAUCAAUUUGAAGAGACAAAACCUUGCAACAGCACAAAAAGAGCUCUGGAACCAAAUGAGGAGGAUCUUCAGAGUCCAAAGAAGGUCAAGAGAGAUGAAAACUUGGAUGGUGAGGCCUCCCAAGACUUCCAGGUUACCUUUGGUGCUGUGUCUCAAAGCCACGCAGAAGUUCAUGAGGGUGAGGGUCUUCCCAAUCCACCUGCCAAGAGCCCUGACUGCACUCACGCCAGCACCAGCAGCUCACUGGAUUCUGUGAAGGCUGACACAGAAUUAACAAUUCAGCGCAGCAGUCAGAUGGAGUCUCAGCUGCUCACAGACAGCAUUUGUGAGGAUAACUUACGGGAGAAAUUUCAGAGUGGUGCCAUCACAGUUGGGGAGUUUUUCACCCUUCUUCAAGUCCACGUUGCCAUUCAGAAGCCCAGGCACAGCCACCUUCCAGCCACUGUGGCAGUCAGUGCAGCACCCACCCCAGAAGACCUCCUCUACAGCCAGUACGUUUAUCGCCCCAAGCUGCGCAUUUAUGAAGAAGACUGCCAGGCCCUUUCCCAGAUGAUUGAUGAGUUAAAAGUGUAUGCAGCUGUCCAGGACCAACUCCUAGUGAAUGUGAACAAGAGUUUGUGGGAGGUAAUGAGAACCUGCUCUGAUGAAGAGCUGAGGAGCUUUGGAGCAGAACUGAACAAAAUGAAAUCCUAUUUCACCAAGGAGAGUAAAAUCUUGGCUCACAACGAGAAGGCAACCCUGUACAGCAGAUUGCUGCAGAGUGCACAGGAACAACAGGGAAAGCUACAGUCAAGAAUAGAAAAGGUGAAUGAACUGGUGAAGGAGGCAGAGAGCUGUCUUGUUGCUCUGAAAGGAGGUUCUUACUUGGAAGAAUGGGAAGCAGACAGCAGUGAUGAAAUGGCAAGAGGGAGAAGCCUGGUGGAAGAACUGGAAAGCCUCAAAGCCCAAGAAGAGGAACUUCAAAAAGAACUGUCAGAGCUGGAGACCCAGAAUGAGCAAAUGCUGCUUCAGAUGCACCAGCUAGAGGAAAAAGAAAAAAGCUGCCAGGAAGUCCUGGAGAGUUUUGACUUCACAGAGUGGGAGAUUGCUGAGUGGAGUGAACAGCAGGCAGUCUUUCAUUUUCUUUAUGACUCUAUCGAGCUGACAGUUGGGUUUGAGCCCCCAACAGAUGGUGAUGUUUUUGGUGAGGAUCCUUCCAGAAAGGUGGUGAGCCUGAAGUUCGAAUCUCUCUUGGAUGAGGACAAGGCUCCACCCUCCUCAUGUUUAGUCCGAAGACUCAUCUUCCAGUUUAUUGAAAGCCAGGGAUGCUGGCAGGAGAAGUGUCCCACACUGUCCUCCCUGCCCCAGGUGCUUCACGAGGUCUCUUUGGUGGUGGGUCGUUGCAAGAUCCUGGGAGAGGAGAUUGAGUUUCUGGAGAGGUGGGGUGGCAAAUUUAAUCUCCUGAAGACUGAUAUCAAGGACACAAAAGUGAAGCUUUUGUUCUCAGCCUCUGCAGCUUUUGCAAAGUUUGAGCUGACCCUGUCUCUAUCUGCCAGCUACCCAUCUGCCUCCCUGCCCUUCACUGUCCAGAGCCACAUUGGGAACGUUGGGGAGGAGGAAGUCUCUGCUGUUCUCUCCAGCGUCCCCUUUGGUAGCCACUACCUGCGGAGAACAGUCAGCUCCAUUCACCAGCGUCUGCUGCAGCAUCCCAGAUGAUUCACCAGGGCUGGAGAAGUCGGAGGAGACAUGUUCCUUGGUUUCAGUCUCGUAAGAACUGAAGCUGUCUCUCAGUGCUGUUAGUGCUCUUGUCUAGGAACUGGUGGAAAAGCAGAGGCCUCUGAGGAGAAGGAAGAGUUUCUUACAUCUUUUAUGAAUCCAACCUGCCUUUCAUCUCCUUUCAGUCACCUCCUUGUAUAGUCUUUCCUAGCCUGGAUAUUCUUUGGACGUAGCAUGUUGAUUUUGUUCUGGGUGGAUUUCCAGAGCUCCUGUAUAAGGCAAUGAUGAGCAAAUGAACACCAACACGACUGGAAUUGACUGUCACCACUACUGCCUUGCAUUCCAGCAUGUACCACAUCACAGCUGGUGUUUAUCCCAAAGCACAGGAGCUGUAAUCCUGCUGCUGACUAACCCAGAUGCCUUGUCAGAACGACCCAGGUGGCCAAAGCCUCCACCACUGUUGUCACAAAGGCUCCCUGUGCUCAGCCAUGGCCUUUGAGGUGCAGCAGGCUCCAAGCCGUCAGCUUCCAGCUGCGGGAUCCUCUGCAAGCAGAAGUUUGUUGUGCUCUUCCCUGUCUUUGCCCAGCACAGUCUCUUGGUUCUGAGCUUGGAAAGCAUUAGCAUUGCAGUGAGGAGAUGGAGCUCUUUCAGGUACCUGCAGUGUGUGUGGGGGGCAGGCCAGGCUGUUCUUGUACAUACUCUGUAUAUUGUGCAGGUGGAGCUGAUGUAACCCUGGCUGCGUUGCUGCUGAGGCAGUGCCUGCUGUUUCUCAGCUGUCCCUGCCACAGGCAGAAGCAAAUGCUUGCAUGCCUGUAUAAUAUGUUGACUUUUACAACGUUUGCAUGUGU